AUGUCUGAGUUUGAUUCAAUCCCGUCUUGUUUUGUCUGUAAAGUUAGCUUCCUUUCCUUAGAUACUUUAAAUUAUCACCUAUGGCAUUUUCAUGAUAAAUCAACUUUGCAACCGGUUUUGAAUGUAACCGAGGUGGAUCACGAUCUUGGUACGAGUCUGAGCCUCCAUUCGUCGUUCGUCGAAACAUCGCAUCACGAGGUGGAUAAAUCAGUUUUGAUAGUUUUGACCACAGGACAAAAUCUUUGCGAAGAACCACAAAACGAAUUUCAAUUCAAUGAAAUUUCAUGCACAGAGCAGGAUUGCGAUCAACUACAAAACGAAGACCAUAACACAGUUCAGCCACUAGCAAGAGAUGUGUAUGAAUCCAUUGAUUGUCAAAAAAUAGUUGCACAAGAAAUCAAUUCGAGAAAACCUCAAAGAAACAAGGACGAUGUAGACGAACCCGUUCUAGCCACUGAAUCUGAUCUUUGCGAAGAAUCUGAAAUAAUAAUACAUAUUGACGAAGGCGAUCGGACUUUCUUUCAGGAAACUUUUAGUACUGAAUCGAAUUGCAAUGAAUCACAAGAAGAAUUGGAAGAUGUCAAUAGGACUUCGUUUGAUGAAAUUCAACUACAAAACAAAGACCAUAACGCAGUUCAGCAACGAGCAAGUGAUGUGCAUGAAUCCAUUGAGUGUCCAGAAAUAUUUGCACAAGAAAUCGAUUUGGGAAAACAUGAAAAAAACGUGGACAAUGUAGACGAACCCGUUCUAACCACUGAAUCUGGUCUUUGCAAAGAACUUGAAAUAAUAGAUAGUGACGAUAGCGAUUGGACUUCUUUUAACAAAACCGUUAGCACUGAAUCGAAUGGCAAUGAACCACAAAGCACACACCAUGAAACAGUUCAGAAAAAGCGAAGAAUUGAGUUUUGCGAUGAGUGUCAAGAAAUGUUUUCAGACGAGGACAAGUUAAAGAGACAUAAAAUAAAAGUUCACGGUCAUGAAGACAAACCAAUUUUGAUCAGUGAAUCCCAACUUUAUACAGAACCACAAAACGAAAUGAACGAUAAUACAGCUCAGCAACGACCAAGAGAUGUGCAUGAAUCCCUUGAGUGUCCAAAAAUAUUUGCACAAGAAAUCAAUUUGAGAGACCAUCAAAGGACUGAAUCUGAUCUUUGCAAAGAAAUAAUAGAUAGUGACGAUGGCGAUUGGACUUCAUUUAACAAAACCGUUAGAACUGAAUCGAAUGGCAAUGAACCACAAAGCACACACAAUGAAACAGUCGAUAAAAAACGAAGAAUUCAGUUUUGCAAUGAGUGUCCUUAUAUGUUUUCAAACGAGGACAUGUUAAAGAGACAUAAACUAAAAGUUCAUCAUAAGUCAGUUCAGAAACUACAAGUAUGUCACGAGUGUCAAAUAUUUACACAAUAUAGAAAUUUGUCGAGACAAAAAACUGAUGAUAAAGAUGAAAUUUUCAAGUGCGAAAAGUGUUUAGCAGUAUCACAAGUACUAAAGAAAAGCUACAAGUGCACUCAUUGUUCGGAAGCAUUUUCAUCGCUUAUUAAAUUGGUCAAUCACAAAAACAAUGUUCACUGGCCAAUAAGACUGCGGGUGUGA